CCUCCGGUGCAACACGCGCUGCGUAUCCACUGCGACCCGCAGCUCACACGCAACUUUCACAAGUUCAGUCAAGAGAGUUCUGCUUUGCCAGAAUCAGCAUCAGCAGGAAUUUACCGACAUGCCAAAUUCCGACAGAGUUGUGCUCGCUCUUGGCGGGACAGGAACGGUGGGCUCUGGAAUUGUAAAAGCGCUUCUGGACAGAGGUUUCAGAGUGGUGGUCGUGUCCAGAGACAGUGGCAGACUGGAGAAGCUGAAGAGCUUUGUCUCCCCGUCCAGCAGAAGCAACCUGAUCACAGUGCAAGGGAACGUGGGGUCGGAGGAGGAGGCGGAGCAGGUGAAGCGAGCCGUGGAGGAGGCGGCGGGGAAGGUGACGGACGUCGUCUCGUCUCUGGGCUUCAGCUGGUGGCAGGGCGGGCCCCCGCACACCCAGACCCUCAAAGAGCUGCACUGGGUCCUGGAGACUCUGGUCCUCAGCACCUUUGUGUCCUGGAAGGCCUUCUUCCCCCUGGUGAGAGACAACCCCAGCAGCACCUACACCUUCAUCACAGGGGGCGCUGGUGAUAAGCUGCUGAUGCCGGGAACAGGGUUCCUGACGGUGGGGGCGGCGAGUGCGCUGGCGUUCUGCCAGGUUCUACGGGAAGAGUAUCCGGAAGUGCCCUGCAAACUCAACCAGGUGAUAAUCAACGCAGGUGUGGCCUCCCCAGACCGCCUGGCCCCCGGUUACCUGAACCACCUGGACCUGGGGGAGACGGUGGCCACGCUGGUGGAGAGGCGGAGCUCCUCCCACACCGUCUUCACCGUCCAAUCCCCUUCCGACCUCAAAGCCAUCCUCCUGGAGGGAAACAUGUAGACCCGCCCCGCCCUGCUCCGAAACCCACUACACCCUCAGACCCAAUACACACAUGCCACCCCCCACCCCUGAUUCUGCCUGCACGUACGCCAUCGGGCAAGUCAACCCCUUGCCCUGAUCAGCAUAGUCACAUCCGUGCGGAUGGUCUACAGCCCCGUCAGCCUGUCAGAUGCUGUUUAGGGCAUCGCACAGUAUUACUCGCUGAUCUCUAUGUUUUAUUGAGAGAGUGCAGCUCUGUAUAGGGCAUCACAUCUUGUCAAUGCAUAGGGCAGUCCUGGGUAAUGUCGAUCAUUCCACAGGGCAAUCCUGGGUAAUGUCGAUCAUUCCACAGGGCAAUCCUGGGUAAUGUCGAUCAUUCCACAGGGCAAUCCUGGGUAAUGUCGAUCAUUCCACAGGGCAAUCCUGGGUAAUGUCGAUCAUUCCACAGGGCAAUCCUGGGUAAUGUCGGUCAUUCCACAGGGCAAUCCUGGAUGUCUCUGACAUUCCGUAGCGCAAUCCUGGAUGUCUCUAACGUUCCAUAGGGCAAUCCUGGCUAAUGUCUGCCAUUCCAUAGGGCAAUCCUGGGUGUCUCUAACGUUCCGUAGCACAAUCCUGGAUGUCCUCUAACGUUCCAUAGGGCAAUCCUGGCUAAUGUCUGCCAUUCCAUAGGGCAAUCCUGGCUAAUGUCUGCCAUUCCAUAGGGCAAUCCUGGGAAACGUUUCUGUGUUCUGGUGACCACAAGCCUGUUUCAGGGGGCUGCUCACGUUCUCCGGCUCCUUAUUCGGUUGUAACCUGUGCCCCCCUCUCCCCUUCCUGAGAAGAAUCAAUCUUACACUCAUCCCCACCCUUUCAGUCUGCAGCAGACAACCCUGCUGGCAGAGGAAAACGUAUUCAUGUCUUAAUUGUAUCUGUAAGGAGAAAGAUGAUACAUGUGGUUUCUGGUUUAGUAAAUAAACAACUGUGCUGUCUAACCUC